AUGCCGAGAAAUGUGGCGCAAGGGAUGCGGAAUCAGCUUUGGCUUUCGCUGCUGCUUUCGCUGCCGCCUUGCGUUCCUCGACAUAUCGCAGGCGAGUGGAAGGCUCUCUGUCUCCUGUCGUGUCCACCAGGAAGUUCUUUUCUGAACUCCAGGCGGCAGGCCAACCCGUUUAAAUACGCAGCAUUUGGCGGCAGCCUCGAAUAUGCCGCUGUUAAAGAGCUGCUACUCUCAUUCCACAUUAGUGGUCAUCACUGGGAUCUGUCUAAACUGUCGUGCGAUGUUGCUCGCAAAUUUCGCUCUCGUGUCCACUUUUUCCCAUUUGAUUCGCUGGUUCCUUUUGCCACCAGAUCUUGGAAAGCCGCUCGUAGAAAAAGAGUUGGCCACAAUAGGGAAGAGAUGACUCAUUACUUGACCACCGAAUACCCGACCGCUGCCACCCACGCUUUCGAUUAG